ACCUGAAGUGUCACUGAGGAAGCAGCACCCUUCGAGCUAACGCUAUUACAUUAAUUUACAUUAAUUUCUUCUAAUCUCUAUACUUUAAAAUUAUUUACCUUACGUUAUACAAAUAUAACUGACACCACGUUAAAUAAAACAAUCGUAACGUUGCGCUGUCGCAAAUUUGAUCUGUAUUCUGUUUUGUUUUUUACAAAACAUCCGCGACUAGCUUGUAGCCUGUAGCCCGCUAGCAUCACCUACCGCUAGCCUUGUUUACGUUUCACAUUUCUCACUUACCGCUGUUCUGUUUUUAAAAAACAAACAAACAAACAAAUAUGUCUGCUGUCUCUCCGGUUUUGAGUGCAGAUGAGGACUCGCUUGAGCUUCACAUGGUGCGGCUGGAACUGGAGGAUGUCGAGAAGCAGAUCCGCGGCCUACUCGACAAGCAGGCCCAGCUGCUGGAGCGACAAACUGCGCUGGAAACAUCUUGUGCCUCUGCUCACAUAUCCAAGGUAAGCACACAGCGUGGUAUUUCCACUCCCAGCCCCUCUACGCCGUGUGUUUCUCUGUGCAGGGACCGUGCACCUAGGACUUUCCCAGCCGUGGUCUCCGUCACGCCAGCGCCAACACACCUCGGGCCUUGGGUGAACCAGCGGCGAAAGGCGCGGGCUGGACCUUCUCCACCUCCGGUGUUCGAGAUUCCAACCAGGAACCGCUUCGCCCCUCUCCGCCAGACCAGACCCAACACUGUGAUCGUCGGGGACUCCAUUGUGCGGAACGUCCGUGUAGCCUCAUCUAAAGGUAAGGUGCGCACACACUGUUUUUCUGGUGCUUGUGUCCUUGAUGUCGCUGCGCAGGUAUCCGGGAUCCUGAAGAAGGACGAGCGCAUUGGAGCGGUUGUGCUGCACGCGGGGACGAACGACACCAGGCUGCGGCAGACGGAGGUUCUGAAGAGGGACUUCUCCAGCCUGAUCGAGACGGUACGAGGCAGAUCACCUACCGCGAAGAUCAUCGUCUCUGGACCUCUUCCCACAUACAGACGUGGAGCAGAAAAGUUGUUUCGUCCUGAUGGCCUGCACCCCAGCAGCCUUGGAGCGGAACUGCUUUCAGACAACAUUUCCAAGGCGCUACACUCCAAGUGACUGCCUACCGUAAGUACAUCUUCC